AUGGCGACCACCCCGCCGGCCGCCGCUACCUUCCUCCACCAUCACCUCCCCUUUCCUAGCCUCCGCCCCAAGACACUUCUCAGACGCCGCCUCGCCGCGUCCAUCAACCCCUCGCCCCCCGACGAGACCCCCGCCGCGGACCCACCGGUCAUCCCCUCAAUCAGUAUCAAGAACACUGAGCCCGAGGAGGUCGCCCGCCGCCGCAGUUGGGUGGAGCACGGAUGGGCGCCAUGGGAGGAAAUCAUGACCCCGGAGGUCGCCUUUGCGCGCCACAGCCUCAACGAGGGCGAGGAGGUGCCGCUUCAGUCGCCGGAGUCCCUCGAGGCCUUCCGCAUGCUCACGCCUUCCUACCGGAAGAAGGUGGAGGCUGAGCCGGGAUACCUGGAGCGCCUCUUCGCGACGCGCGACACGCCCGAGCCUCUCGAGACGACGUGGGCCGGCCGGCUCCCGCUGCGGCUCGUGCCGCCGCGGGACUGGCCGCCGCCUGGCUGGAAGGUGGACCCGGACGAGCUGGAGUUCAUAAGGGAGGCGCACAGGGAGGCCUCUGAGAGGCUGGACAUGGAGGCGGCGGCCGCAGCCGGGGUGACCAACGUGGAGAAGCUGGAGGAUGCGCCACAGGAUCUGGCGCUAGACAGGUACAAAAUGUUCCUGAAGCAGUACAAGGAAUGGGUGGAGGCAAACCGAGAUAGGUUGGAGCAGGAGUCCUACCAGUUUGAUCAGGAUUACUUCCCUGGCAGACGAAAAAGAGGUAAGAACUACAGUGAAGAUAUGCAUGAACUUCCAUUCUACUAUCCUGGACAGAUCUGUUACGGCCAAGUAACAACUGUUCACCUCUAUCAGGGAGCCUUUGUGAACAUCGGUUGUGUCCAUGAGGGGUGGGUGCCGAUAAAAGGAAAUGACUGGUACUGGAUCCGGCAUCACAUCAAGCCUGGCAUGAAAGUCUAUGUGGAGAUUCUGGCCAAACGAGACCCUUACCGCUUCCGCUUCCCACUUGAGAUGCGAUUUGUAUAUCCUAACAUUGAUCACCUAAUAUUUAAUAGAUUCGACUUCCCACCAAUAUUUCACCAUAAGGAGGAUACUAACCUAGAGCAGUUGUGGCUUUGGGAAUGGCAUAAUGCAGAGCAGAUGAUUUUAGACUACGAGGAACAAAAUCCAGAUAAAUUCAAGGAUACAACAUAUGAGUCCACAGUUGAUUCAUCCUCAAUUGAUGAAGAAAACAGAGUUGAAUACACUGAAGGAUAUUUCAAAGAAACACUGCUAAAAAAGAAAGUUGUGAAUAUAAGCGUCAAAGAACUUGAUCUGGAUGCCGCUAGUGCUGAACGCCAGCUAAUAAAAAAGCUGAAAAAGGAAGCCGAGGAAAGAGGAGAGGAAUACAAAGUUGGGAAGCUCCGACGAAACAAAGAAAUGGAUGAGUAUGAUCUGAUGCAGUGGCGUCGUUCAUUUGAAGAAAGGGAAGCCCUUAUCAGAGACAUCUGCUGGAGCCCGGGGCGAUAUGACAUAGAUGAGACAGAGGUCUAUGGGAAGGAUUAUUAUGACCCGGAAAAGCCAAUGUACCGCUAUGACUACUGGGGAGAACCCAAGAACACCGAGAAGACUAAGCUGGAGCGGGACGUGGAGCGCCACAACCAACAGGUGGUCGGCGACGCGAAGAAAUGGUGCGAGAUGUCGUAUGAUGACUAUGUCCGCAAGAAGCUGCGGUUGGAAGCAGCUGAGGCGAGGGAAAGGCAGAGGAAGGCGUCCGAGCCGCAGGAGGACGAGGAGUACGAUGAUGGCAUGGACCUGGACUUGAAGAAGAUGACCAAUCCUCGCGCCCCGCAUAACCGGGAGAGGCAGGCAGGAUUAGGCAGGGCAGCGCCGCGCCGGCUGGACCGCCCGUCCAGGAGCCAGGGACUUUCGUUUGGCCAUGGGGACGGUGGUGCUGACGACGCCUCCUCGCCGCCGCCGCCCGGGGGCUUCUCCUACCUCGCCGUCUUCCACAACUACCCCCUCGUCGCCGCCCUGCUCGGGUUCGCCAUCGCGCAGUCCAUCAAGUUCUUCGUCACAUGGUACAAGGAGAACAGAUGGGAUCCCAAGCAGCUUAUCGGCUCCGGUGGCAUGCCAUCAUCACAUUCUGCCACGGUUACAGCACUAGCAGUAGCGAUUGGAUUCCAAGAUGGCUUUAACUGCUCCCUCUUUGCAACAGCAACUAUAUUUGCAAGUGUGGUAAUGUACGAUGCUUCUGGUAUCAGAUUGCAUGCUGGAAAGCAAGCAGAGGUAUUGAAUCAAAUAGUUUGUGAACUUCCUUCUGAACAUCCCUUGUCUGAAACAAUACCACUGCGAGAACUUUUAGGCCAUACACCAACCCAGCUUCGUCAGUGCCACUAUCUUCUUGUGGCAUACAUUUAUGAAUUACCAUUUUUAUGUGUUCCUAAAUUCUUGGGUGCCAAAUUGGUCCCAGAAGAUAAAUUGUCUCGUGACCUUGGUCAUGCACUAAGUGAUACUGAUGCUUUUCUGUAUGAGAGUGCUGUCAGAGCCCUUCAGUAUCUAAUCUUGACACGGCUGGACAUUUCCUUUGCCAUCAAUAAGAUCUGUCAGUUCAAUCUCGACUCAUUGAUGUUCACUGUGGGGCUGUGA